GCUCUUCUUCGCCAUAAAAGGAAAAUAAAAAUAAAAAAUGCCGACCUCUCUGCUGCUCCUCCGGCGUCGCCAUGUGAGGUACUCUCGAGAAUCGCGAAGAUCUCCAUGCAGAGAACGAGAGAGAUCUCCUCCUCCAUGAUGGUCAGGGCAAAUGAUCUAAUCCUGAAGAAGAAUGGGUUGCACUUCGUCCAUUCCGAAGAGGAAGAAGAAGAAUAUCAGCAUCGAUGAGGUCGCAGUGUUCGUCCCAGUUCUCUGGAUACCUGUGGACGUGGAUCUGGUUCGCCCUCUUCGGGGAUUAGUGCCUCGGGACGUUCUUGAAAAACUCUCUACAUUUCGUCGACGAAUAGUAUCACUGGCAAAAGAGAGUUCUUUUUCAUCAAUAUCUAACGUUUUGGAAGCCCAUCGAACUCUUGAUGAUUACCUACCCAUUCUUAUUGGUUUAGUAAAUCCUGAAAGCCAGCUUGAGACAUCAGUUGAGUUCAAGUGGAAAAGCCUUGGAGAUGAUGGACAUGUAACUUGUUUUGCAAGUGCUUGGUACGAAAUGCUCUCGGUUGUGCAUAUGAAGGCAAUCUUGUCUUUCUUAGAAGCAAACCUAAUUCUCAGGUCUAAGGAUAAUCCUGAUUCAUUGGAAAUUAAAGUAUCUGAAGAUUCAAAGAGUACUGCUAUUGAAUUAUUACUCAAGGGUUCAGGGUGCUUGGAGUAUGCGAUUCACCAUAUAUUGGUGCAUUUGCCAACGCAAAUAAGGACAAGUCUGCCAAAGGAUGUACAAGAGGGCAUAUUGGAGGCUAUCUCCUCUCAAGCAUUGGCUCAGUGUGUUGAGAUGCAGCUGGGUUUGGCACUUGAGUCUGAGAAAGCUACAUUGUCUGUGAAGAGGAGACUAGCCUGUGAGGAAGUCAGCUACUUUGCCCAGGCUCACUACUGGUUGUCAAGAUGUGACACCAGUGAUGCAUAUGGAAAGAAACUUCUCUUGUUCAUUAGAUGGAAGUUCCUUGAAGCUAAGGCAGCAGCAUAUUAUUACCAUAGUCAUAUUCUUGACAAGGGAAGUGAACCAUCCAAUCACAUCAGUGCCGUUUGCUGCCUAUUUGCAGCUGAUGAGCUCCUAAUCGAAAGCAAGAGAGCCAACUUAAGCUUUUGUUUGGCAGCUCCUGUCACCAGGGUCCCUCCUGCAUGGGGUGUCAUGAAGCACUUGUACAGAAAAAUCCCUGAAGUGGCGUCUAAGAAAUCCCAGACGUACAGAUACCUUUUUGAAGAAGACAAGAAUGGGCAUUUGCAAGCUUUGCCAGAUCUUCCAGAAUUCCCUCUGUCUUUGAGGCCUGAUGACUACGAGUUACCAGAAGUGGACGCAUGCUGGAGUAGUGAGAAUGGGCAACCUCAGCUCCUAACUCUCAAGGCUCAUCUCAAAGAUGAGGAGAUUGAUUCAGACUGAACUGCAAUUCUCAUAGACAAUGCCAGACAUACACCAUUACCAAAUUCUUCACCAUUUGGAAGAUCUUAGUGGAUAUAAAAUGAUGAUGAUGAUAACUAAGAAGCUGUGUUGCAGCAUGGAAAAACUCACAGCGGGGAGAUAAUACUUGUAGAGAAAUUAAAACUUUGUUAGAAAGUAACAUGAAUUUUAUUUGAAAGGGAAGGGAAUGCUAUAAAAUGAUGGAUUUUCUUUCUGUAUUACCAACAACAGUCUUACUCUUCUAAAAACAUGGUUAAUCUUUACUAUGAAAUUGCUAUAACUAGUACAAUAAUAAAAUCAUAACGUACUUGAGGUUGUUCAGAAGUUCUAAAAUUUUGGAAAUUGAUAUGAUUGUUGAAUUAUUACCUUUCCUUAGAGCUUGGUUUUUGUCCACCAAGGAGAUCUGAAAUCAAUUGGA